CGGGGAAGAUCUGGAAUGAGCAGGGGCCGCAGUAUUAGCAUCUACCUAUUUUGUAAGAUUUACCCCACAAUGACAACCCGGAAAUUCUCACGUGGAGCAGUUCUACCCGAGCCCACGACUCUACAAGGACAGAAGAACUUCCCCGGUUACGGUUCUCAGCAUUCGGUGUUCUCAACCUCGUCCCAUCCGGUCAAUAUUCAGACGCCUGUGAGUAAAUUUGCCAUGUUUUCGAGGACCAAGCAGAAUCUUUCAGAUAGUGUCCAAUAUAUGGCGAGACACCAAGCGCUUCCAUCGUCCGAUAUAAAGGAAGCGAAAAGUUACACAGCCGGGGAGUUUGAUCGGCAAGAAAUAUCAGCAAUUGAUAACGAUGAAGAGUCAGUAGCAGCAGUCAGACUGAGAUACAUAUAUCUUGGCGACCAUUUGACGAGAUCUUGGACACGAGAUGAACGUCGAGGUUCGAGACCUGGAGUUUCGCCGGUUUUGUCUGAACCAGGCAAUCGAAUGCCGGUGGCAACACCCUCGGUAUAUCAAAUCAAGCACAGCUCGCACGAUGGCGACAGAGAGAUACCGUAUAUUUGUCCAUGCUUCUGCUUCAUAAAGUGCGAGCGCCAUCCUCCGAUAUCACGAACACGAAGUAGUCUCCGAGAACCGAGAGGAAGUCGAAGGAACUGGGUGUCAAAGUCAGCAAUACAGACAGUCACACCAGAAGAAUUGCAUAGAUGGAAACAAUCAUUCGACAACCUUCUACAAAGUCCAGUUGGAAGUAAAUUAUUUCGAAUAUUUCUCGAAUCUGAGAUCGCCGAAGAAAACCUUUUAUUCUGGGAGGCGUGUGAAGAGUUGAAACAAAUGAAAAAGGAAAAACGAAUGCAAAAAUUAAUCCAGAAUAUAUUUGAUGAUUAUAUUUCAGUUUAUUCGCCUAGAGAGAUUAACAUAGACUACAAGAUGCGCGAAGACAUCGUUGAACAAUUAAACAAUUCAAGUUCUCCGGAUCCCGAAGUAUUCAAGGACGCACAGAUGCAGAUCUAUCACCUAAUGCACCGGGAUUCGUAUCCAAGAUUUCUCGCUUCUGCUCAAACUAUCCAAGAAACGCUGAACGAAUCAACGAAACGCAAAGGCAGUAAACGCCAACACAGAGAAGCAGAAACGACAAAACAACAAAAAGUUAAAACGAAGUCACGUGUUUUAUGUUGCUAUGGUAAUAACUAUGACGACAACGAAUCGGUCGGUCAGUUCAUCCAGAUGGAGGAACAAGAGCGACAAACAAAAGUUAUGGAAUCCCCUAAAACGCCCAUGAACGGACAGACAAACAGCCCCCAGACAGUCAAACAACAACUUGAUAAAGACGCAGAACACUGUGCUCCGUCUGAUGACCCGACAGACACUCUUUCCCCCACUAAAAACACUGUACCCCUCCCCAAACUGGUAGAAGUUGAUGUAGCGCCCCCUGGUGCCAUUGAAACUUCAGGACAACUUAUAGAUUGUCCCACAGAUACAAGUUCAAAACGCGAAAGCGGUAUCGAGGUUCUUUCAUCUUCCACUCACUGUGAGGAUGACGUCGAAAUAAAGGAGACGGCAUCCACAAUACUACAUGUCGCCCCAAAUACGGCGACAGAGACAACAAUCACGCAGUAAAAGUUCCCAUCGAUGAAAAACAUUUAACGAAUCCUAAUAUAUAUAUCAUACGGGAUGUUAUGACGUCAUCAUACGUAAGAAAGCAGUGACGUCAAAAGUCGCAUGAAAGAAAUGAUGUCAUGAAAGACCAUUGGUCAACACAAGUUGUCUCAGAGUGAAAUACGUGAAACUAAAGAAAAUUAGGAUUCAAAUAGUAAUGGAUCAGUCUGAAGCAGUUGAUUUAAACAAAAUCAUACGAUUUCCAAAAUACAGAUAUUAGCUUUUUACUUAAAACUUCUAUUUGAAUUAGAAAUGUUGAAUCUUGGCCGGUAAAUUAUAAUACAAUUUUACUCCAUAAAAUUCCUCCAUGUUAUCUUAUCCAUAAUAUUUAAAAUAAAAAAUAUCUGCUAAUCAUCGUUCUAGAUUAGAAUACUGAACUAUAUCGACGCUCUGUUAAUUCAAUAUGAAUGACGUAUCCUGAACACCCGAUCUAAACGAUGCCAUAAAAUAACGAAAUUAUUUCAACUGGCAUUCCGACAAAACAUGGCAUGCUUUCAAUAUGCCUGUUAAUAUGCUUACAAUCAAGGUUAUUUCUCUCUGAGCAAAGUUUCAGGCAAUUGGGACCUUCCCCCUUAAAGAUUACAAAGCUACAUAUAGGUAGGAAGGGACCAACUCUAUUGCGCCGUUUUGUCUUAUAAACAAUAUAUGAUCUGUUUUCGAAGCAUUUUUUAUUCUAUAUCUUAUUUUUACCGUUGCUUCAAUUUUGCACGUUGUAUUAUUAUAUUGAACUACAUCAUGUUUGGAUAUGUAUGUUUUUUUACAAAUAUGUCAACAAAUUUAAACAUCGACCAUACAAGAGCUAACAUGACCAAGUCAUACAUUUAUGUUACGCUCACAAAUCAUUUAGCCUCAUAAGAUACGGGAAGUCCAUAACGAAUCAUACGUUUACAAAAAUAUUUGCAAAGUAAAAUUAGAAUAUAUAAAAUUUCGAAUAUACUUUAUGGACGUGCUGUAUGCUCAUCUAGUUUAACGCUAAAACUCGGAUAUUCGGACCGAAAUCUCUAACUCGCCAACACGUAUUACCAAUAAAUCAACAUACAACGUGAAUAAACAAUAUUGCAGGGUCUUGGAAAAUUCACUCGCAAUCACGUUGAAAAUAAUUUAGACUCCGACACUUGGUUAUAGGAAAUUUUGAUUUCGACUCCAGCUUCGAACUACCGGAAAAACAAUUUUGAAAACAAAAACAUUCAUUUGCGUAAGGAACACUUACUCAGCCCAUAGUUUUGCGUUUCUGUAGAUAAUUUUGACUUCGGAAAAAAACGGGAGAAGUCUGAAAUUCCGACCCCGUGAAUUCAAAACGUCGACCACGACUCCAAAGUCCUACAUAUUGAAAUGGAUUAAAUGUAAAAUACUUCAUAGUUCGCUUUGCGUCUAAAAAUCUCUUCAAUGAUUUUGUGUUUUCAUCAUCAGCUAAACGACUAUUAUGUGCUGACCCAAACUUCCAUUUUAUGUUAUUGUUUAAAAUUGGUCUGAAUUGAAUUGUUCUGGCAAUUUUGCCAGAAUCCUUUAUUAUAAAAUAUGUUUUAGUAUACUUUUAUCAAAUUAAUAACCCAUGUUACACAGCGUUGUUUUUAUCUUAUAUGUUGCAAUGUUUUUGUAUUUCUCGUAUAUUUGUUACUAUAGGUAAAACAACACAAA